GAGAGUGGAUACCGGACAGCGAGGAGUCGAAAAUUAGAUACCAAUCCGCAUUAUAAUCAUGUACUACUACUUGUAUUCUACACUGAUGGAGCACUACUAAAUUAAUCGAAAACCUUCAAAUCCCCCCAAAAUAACCAUGUACGGCAACAUCGGAGAUGUCACCACCACCCAUCACCACCUCCUCCCAAGCAGCAGCGCCGGAAAUCCCAAUACUACAUAUCCCCUCCUCCACCAGCAGCAGCAGCAGCAGCUUCACCAAACCAUGAUGAUCCCCCUCCCGCCACCUUUUGACGACGAGUUCCCGACGAGAGACGAGAGGCUCCCGCCGUGGAGCAACCAAGAAACGAGGGACUUGAUCGAAAUGAGGGCUCAGGUCGAAUUGGCCGCCAAAACGAAUACAAAUUUGUGGGAAAUGGUCGCAGACAGAAUGAGGGACAGGGGCUACUGGAGAACUGCCGAUCACUGCAAAUGGAAGUGGAAAAAUCUUGUUACUGCAUUCAAGGAGCAAGAAGCAUCUAAUGUGGAUACUGUUCACCCUUUUUUCAAUGAACUGCACGCAGUAUUCACAGCCAGGGUGAACCGGAUUCAGCAAACUCAGGCCAAAGCUGACACUGUCAUUGCCAAAGGAAGAAAGAGGCUUAACAGUGCUUCAGGGGAUCAAUCCAAUGAAGAAUUCAUUGAAGAGCAGAAUGAUGAUGAAGAGGUUGAAGUCAAUCAUCAGGCUGGGAAAGUGAGAGCGGUUCCAAAACGAAAAGCUGGAACAGAAAAACGACAAAAGGCAAGAGAGCCACUGCAUAAUGUCAUUGGGGAGGUAAUGAGGAAUUUUAUGCAGCAGCAACAGAUGAUCGAUAUGGAGUGGAGAGCGUCAAUGGAGAAGCGUGCUCAAGAGAGGGAACGAUUUGAGCAGGAAUGGCAGCAGAAGAUGGAGAGGCUCGAACGAGAGAAGCUGAUGAUGGAACAAGCGUGGAGAGAGAGGGAAGAGGAACGGAGAGUGAGAGAAGAGAGCAGAACUGAACAGAGGGAUGCGUUGCUAACAGCACUGUUGAACAAGCUUAUCCGUGAGGACGAGACUGCUUAGGCAUAAUCUAGACGAAGGCUUAACAUCCCAUUUUUCAAUUGCUUAUAUCAUGGGAUCACAUAUUGAAAAAGAAUGAAACUACAGUUAUAUCAACCUGUGUUGGGUUUUGAAUAUUAUGGCAGCAUAUUUAUCUUUGUUCUUAUACAUCUGCGUUGACGAUUUCGUUUUA